CCAUUUUCAAACUUUAGUCUGUCUUUGUCCAGGUCCACAACAGACGUUUUGUUAGUUCAACAUGAAAGUUAUGUGAAAGUUGCGCCAUAGUGUAAAAUUGUUAUUAAACACUCAAGAAACUGCGAAGGACUUCAUGCCUGAAAAUAGCUGCGAUUUUGUCACGGAUAAGGUUACCUUUGUCUCUUGUCGAGACAAGUUUCGUUUCAAGAUGUGCAAAAAAAGUAAUUGUAUGAUACCUAUGGCAGCUGUAAUAUCAAGAACAUUUGUACUGAAGUGGCCAACAAAGCAUCCAAGGUUUUGGGAAAUGGCUUUAUAUAGAUGCACGAGAAGUGACACCACAGUGCAUUCUGGAGUUUGCUGUAAUGUUACUCUAUAUUAAAAUUCAGAAGAGGAUGCGUAAAAUUUCAGUCAAAAAAAGCACUGGUAGUGCUUUGACGAGAUGAUGAUUAGUCAUUAAUAUUGUACUUCGUCGAAAGUAGUGUAGUGUGGUUGUAUUUGCUGGAUGAGCAAGAAUGUAACCUGGAAGUUACAAAAAUGGAUCCUUUUUUCAGUACACAGGAUACAAUGUCUUUAUCUCUCCAAGAGAUGCUUGACUGUGACUACAAAUCAGAUUUGGAAAGUGUUCUGGGGACAGACCUCAGCCUCUCGUUAAGUGGAGAAUUUCCUCCGGUAGACUUAGAAGGGGCAUUGGGUACUUCAGAUGAUAUGGCAAUGUGGCUUACUAAUGGCUGCUUGUAUAGUGAAAAUAGUAACUCAUCCAGUUCAAAUUUGAACCUGGAUUUACUGGGUUGUGAUACUACUGCAGUGAAGUUAAAUCCAAGUACUGUGUUGCCAGUGACAUUUGUGACUGUUCCUCAGGCACCACCUAAGACUGUUAGUGUUAUUGUUAGUAAACCCUUGAUGCCUUGUGAAGAAAAGCUGUCAGACAACUUAAACAGUUCAGUGCCAAGUUCUUCAGGAAAUACUGUUAUGUCCCAAACGGUUUCAGCUUCCACAACCAGAAUAGAAACUCCAGUAAACCAGUUGUCAACAGCAUUGAAUGCUUCAACAGUGUCUCACAGUGUCAACAAAGUCAUCACUAAGACCGAUGCUUUUCAGUCAGUAAUGACAACAAAAAGUGUCCCAAACAUUAUCAGCAGUACAAAGUUUACACAGAAGGAUCAUGUUCCUGUUCAUCAGAGUAAUGCGGAUUUAAUUGCAAGGUCCUUGCAACCACAGCCUAAUAGUAGGAAACGUGACACCAAAAACUUUGAUAUGGAGUUUGAUGAGAGACCUUAUCCAAAGCCUGCCUACUCUUACUCGUGUCUUAUUGCCAUGGCUUUAAAAAACAGCAGGACUGGGAGUUUACCUGUAUCCGAAAUCUAUAAUUUCAUGUGUGAACAUUUUCCGUACUUCAAAACGGCACCAAAUGGAUGGAAGAACUCUGUACGGCACAACUUAAGCCUGAAUAAAUGUUUUGAGAAAAUUGAUAAACCAUCAGGAAAUGGAAGUCAACAACGUAAAGGUUGUCUUUGGGCAAUGAAUCCAGCUAAAAUUGCCAAAAUGGAUGAAGAAGUUCAAAAAUGGUCCAAGAAGGAUCCAAUGGCCAUUAAAAAUGCAAUGAUUUGUCCAGAAAACCUUGAACUUCUUGAGAGAGGCGAAAUGAAGCAAGAAUUCACCAAUUUUUCAACUACUGGCAUGUUGGGUGGUAGCGAAGAAAGUGAUGAUGAAGUUGAAAGUAAUGGGCCUAACACUCCGGUGUCACCCAGUGUGUUACCAGAGCUCGAUAUUAACAGUAUGGUUGUGCCUGGUGAUUCAUUCGAUGAAUCAAGUCUAGACUUUGAUAUCGAGGUAGCCGAAGGAAUGUAUGAAGAAUUUGAACGCGAUGACAAAUUAAAUAUUGGAAUUACAAUAGCACCUGAUAAUAUCGAGAUUGCACCUUCACCAAAACGAAGUCGUAGCACUGUCCAAGGUAACUACAUUUACCGGCAGCUAUCUGAUAGUGGCUCCUCGAGGCAGAAGGAACCACAAUUCCUGAGGACUGCUUCAGCUGCAUUAGUCAAACUUGAAAACCCAUGAAGAGAACAGUUUCAUAGUGUCAUACUGUAAUGUUUCCCAUGCCAGUGUUACUAUCUUGUAGGUCUGACACAAAUUGUGAAGUUUUGAUACUUGUACAGCACUGAAUACAUAUUUAUAACAACAGUAGCACAUACAAUGUGAUGUGUUUUACAAACAUAUAUUUUUGUUUAUUAUUCUCUUAGGUAUGUUAAAUCGUGCUCUUAAAAUAUUCAGUUACAAUGUUGCAGCAUUUGCUUUUUUGUAAGGUAUUUAAUAAUGUUGAGAAUCCAAUUCUGAGCAACUGUGUGAUAAUUCUGGUGUUAUAAGAGAAUUUACAGCCUCUUUAAUGGCAGGUGAGUAUAAUCUUUAUUGGACAAAGUUGUACUAAAAGUACAUCAGAUGUACAUAGUUUUAUAUACAUAUAUUUUUUAUUUUUAAAUGUGACAUAAAUGUUACUUUUUUAAAACAUAUUGAUGUAAAUGUGUUUUGGUGCAACAUAUACUAUGAGCAAGGUUUACUGGCCAGGGAAAUUACAUUCUCGUGGCUGAACAAUUUACAAUUUAUAUGAAUAGUUGUAAGAUUUUUCCUUUCAAAUGAUUUUUGUAAAUAGUGAAACUGACAGUAUUUACACAUGUCUACUGAAUAGUUUUACAGUAAAGUUGUGCAACUUUAUUCAGAGGCCUCUGUGGUGUCCAGUCUAGAAAUCAUAGGGGUGCAUGCUUGAGUAGAAACGUUCUUAGAAGUGAAAUUGCAGCUGCACGAGUAUGUUUGAGUAUUUGUAAGUAAUAUUGGAAAUGUUCUGUAGUAAUAUAUUUUACAGUGUUCUGCCUUCCAGUAAAAAUGUACAAAUUUUAUAGAUUAGUAUCCAUAAAUAGUUAGUUGUAUCUUGUGCUAUGAUCGUGACUUUCAUAUUUUCAAUAUGUAGAUAGGUUGUGAAGCAGUGUCUCUUUCAUUAUCAUACAAAAGCUAUCUGACAAUUAUUUGUGGCAGUACAAAAUAUGUACCUAUAAGCAAAACGAAUUUUAGAGUAGCAGUGGAAUUUUGUUUUUUGCAAUUAUAAGUAUUAGACAUAAUUAGUGUGCCUAUACGUGUGUGGUUAUAUCAUCAAAACAUCACUUAAAGGAUUCCUGUGUUUUAUGGUUUUAGUGAGAAAUCCUGUGUGUGUUAUGGUUUUCUUGAAUUUCCAACUGUUAAGUUCCAAGUUGGCUGAAUGGUACUAAAAAAGUGAUGAUGGGAAAUAAACAUGAUGAGUUUUUAAAGUUUUACAACUAAUAUGCUAAGUGAAGUUGUGUGUGUAGUGUUUGUAUGCUGGAUAUUAAUCUAAAUUCAGUCUGCCUUUGAAAUCAUUCUCUUGUUUAUGAUAAUGUUAUAAAAGUGGUGUUGCGAAAAAUGCGGCUCAUGGAGUUUAGUGCCAGGAAAACAUAAAUUAAGUAUUUUAAAAGCUCAUCCAUUAUAAAGAUGAUUGAUUACCUGUUUCCUGAUGAUCACUCUGUAUUAAAAGCUUUCAUUAAUUUAA